AAUACAAAAAACGGUUGCCCCCUUUUGUUCAGCCGAGUUCCUGAAUUAUUCACAACACAAUGAAAUGAAAUCGGGAUAUUAUGUUUUACAAACACCUUUCACUUGCUCGCGCGCGUCCCGCGAACCUCACCUGGGAUUAUCUCACGAAUUAAAACCUGCAACAACAACAACAACCACACAAAAAAAAAAAAAACGUCCGAUCUGGGUGCGAAGGUUCCCCCGAAGCUCCGCAGUCCCGAGGAACGUGGAGUAAUGUGAACGCGUAAACAGCAUCUGUCCCAGCAGUGGCUGCUGGCAGGAUGGGGCUGGACUUCGACGUGAAGACGUUCUGCCACAACCUGCGGGCCACCAAGCCCCCGUACGAGUGCCCCGUGGAGACCUGCCGGAAGGUCUACAAGAGCUACAGCGGCAUCGAGUAUCACCUCUACCACUAUGACCACGACAACCCGACUCCCGCGCAGGCGUUGCCCCAGAAGAAGAGAAAGGGGCGGCCCCCUCGCGCCUCCUUGGCCGGGUCGGGGGACACGGACGACGGCGGGGGUAACGGAGGCGGAGGACCCGGGCACGGGGGGAACACGCCGGGUAGCCCCAACCGGUCGGAUCGUUCUCACUCCCCGGGCAGAGAGACAAUGACGUACGCCCAGGCCCAGCGCAUGGUGGAGCUGGAGUUUCAAGGACGCCUCCACCGCAUCAGCAUCUUCGAGAACAUCGACGUGGUGUCGGAGGAGGACAGCGACGCGGAGGAUGCUCCUCCGUCCGGCGCGGGCGGCGGCGGCGGAGGAGGAGGAGGAGGAGGAGGGGGAUUGGGAUUGGGAUUGGGGGGGGUGUGCAACGGGAGCGACGGCGGAGCAGGUGGGAGCGAGUUGGGAGGCGGUGGCAAGGACCGGACGGAUAUCCCGUCCUCCAACGGCGGCAAGUCCACCCCGAAGUCCGGGAAGCACAAAAGCAAAGAGAAGAAGAAGGACGGCUCGUCCCAUCAUCACAGCGCUCAGUCCGGCCCCGCGGUCAAGCUCCCUGAGGCGGUGUUUAGAGAACUGGACCAGGAGAGACCCGAUGCCCCGCCUCGACCAUUAUCUUACUACAGGUACAUCGACAAGUCCGUGGAGGAGCUGGACGAGGAGGUGGAGUACGACAUCGACGAGGAAGACUACAUCUGGCUCGACAUCAUGAACGACAAGCGGCGGCGCGACGGCGUGACGCCCAUCCCUCAGGAGGUGUUCGAGUACCUCAUGGACCGCUUGGAGAAGGAGUCGUACUUCGAGAGCCACAACAAGGCCGACCCCAGCACCCUCAUCGACGAAGACGCCGUCUGCUGCAUCUGCAACGACGGCGAGUGUCAGAACAGCAACGUGAUCCUGUUCUGCGACAUGUGCAACCUGGCGGUGCACCAGGAGUGCUACGGCGUGCCCUACAUCCCGGAGGGCCAGUGGUUGUGUCGGCGCUGCCUGCAGUCGCCGAGCCGAGCCGUGGACUGCGCCCUCUGUCCCAACAAGGGGGGCGCUUUCAAACAGACGGACGACGCGCGCUGGGCUCACGUGGUGUGUGCCCUCUGGAUCCCGGAGGUCUGCUUCGCCAACACGGUCUUCCUGGAGCCGAUCGACAGCAUCGAGCACAUUCCUCCCGCCCGCUGGAAGCUCACCUGCUACAUCUGCAAGCAGCGCGGCUCCGGCGCCUGCAUCCAGUGUCACAAGGCCAACUGCUACACCGCCUUCCACGUCACCUGCGCCCAGCAGGCGGGCCUCUACAUGAAAAUGGAGCCCGUCAGAGAGACCGGGGCCAACGGCACCUCUUUCAGCGUCCGCAAGACGGCGUACUGCGACAUCCACACGCCGCCGGGGUCGGCCCGGCCCCUGGGCGGGGUGGGCGGCGCCAGCAUGGGCUCCUCCCACAGCGACGGAGAGCUGGACGACGACGACGAGCCCAGCAUCGGCCAGGACGACGACUCCAAGGGCUGGAGCUCCGAGCGAGCCAAGAGGGCGAAGGCCAAGUCCAGGCUGAAGAUGAAGCGAGCGAGGAAGAUCUUAGCGGAGAGGAGAGCGGCUGCGCCGGUGGUGUCGGUGCCCUGCAUACCUCCCCACAGGCUGAGCAAAAUCACCAGCAACCUGACGGUGCCCAGGAAGAGCCAGUUCAUGCAGCGGCUUCACAGCUACUGGACCCUGAAGAGGCAAAGUCGUAACGGGGUGCCGCUGCUACGCCGGCUCCAGACCCACCUGCAGUCCCAGCGGCAUAUCGAUCCGCUCCCACCGCCUCUGUCGCAACUCUCGCCGAUGACCUGCGCAAUUCGGGACAGCGAGGAGAAACAUUCGGCCUUAAAGGAGCAGCUGAAGGCGUGGCAGAGACUGAGGCACGACCUGGAGCGAGCCCGGCUCCUGGUGGAGCUCAUCCGCAAGAGGGAGAAACUCAAGAGGGAGACGAUUAAAGUCCAUCAGAUGGCGCUGGAGAUGCAGCUGACUCCCUUCCUGGUGCUGCUGAGGAGCACGUUGGAGCAGCUGCAGGAGAGAGACAUUAACAACUUCUUCACCGAGCCCGUACCGCUGGCAGAGGUGCCGGACUACCUGGACCACAUCGACACGCCGAUGGACUUCCAGACCAUGUGGAACCUGCUGGAGUCCCACCGCUACCUCACGUUCGAGGCCUUCGAGGCCGACUUCGGCCUCAUCGUCAACAACUGCCUCAAGUACAACGCCAAGGACACGGUCUUUUAUCGCGCCGCCCUGCGGCUCAGGGAGAUGGGCGGCGCCGUCAUACGAACCGCCAGGCGCCACGCCGAGCGGAUAGGCUUCGACUACGAGGCCGGCAUACACCUCCCCCGAGAGCCCAGCCCAGAGAGCCAGCGGGACCAAGACCGGGACCGAGAGAGGGAGCGUGAGCGGGACCGAGAACGGGAACGGGAGAGAGAGAGAGAACGGGAGAGAGAACGGGACCGAGACCGAGACCGAGAACGGGACCGGGACCGGGACAGAGACCGGGACCGGGACAGAGACCGGGACCGGGAACGAGAUAGAGAUAGAGACCGGGACAGAGACAGAGAACGAGAACGAGACCGGCCGUUGUCCUCUAAUGAAGAUGAACUGCUCCUGCCGGAGAACCGGCGGCGGCUCCCGCUGGAGGAGCAGCUGCAUUACCUGCAGGCGCGUCUGGACGAGGUCAGCUCGGGGAAGCACAGCAUCGGCCAGUCGCGCAGGGCCAAAGCUCUCAGGAAGGAGGUCAGCGUCGUCAAGAGGAAGCUGGCGCACCAGCGGGAGGGCGGCCCCGGCAUCGGGGGGCGCGAGUCGGCGGGGGGAGGAGGAGGAGGAGGAGGAGGAGGAGGAGGAGGAGGAGGCGGGGACCGGGGGGGCUCCUCCCUGCCCUCCCAUCACCCGUCGUCCUCGGGCCACCACGACGAAGGGGGCGAAAGCAGCAGCCAGGAGAUCGGGGGAAAAGAUAUGAGCGUGUCCUCGUCCGCCCUGGCGCCCGAGGUGGGCCGUCGGACGUCCGUCCUCUUCUCCAAGAAGAACCAAAAGAUGGCCGGGCCCCCCAAAAGGCCGGGGCGACCCCCCAAGAACCGGGACGCCGGCUACCCCGGUGCCGGGUUGGGCCAGAGCCCCAUCGGACCCCCCCAGCUGCCCCUGCUGUCCCCGAGCAGGCAGAGGAAGAGGCCCCGCAGCCCCCGCAGCAGCUCCAGCUCGGACAGCGACAGCGACAACGACGACCUACUGCCGGGGUUGCCAAGUAACGGUUUCGAUGGAAGAAACCAGCCGGUGACGGAGAGCUUCCGCGUGUACCGGAGCGAGUCUCGGCUCCCUCGCUCCAGCUCGGACUCCGAGUCCACCACCAGCAGCAGCAGCAGCGCCGCUUCAGACCGGACCAGCACGACCCCCUCCAAGCAGGGCAGGGGGAAGGCCUCGUUCUCCCGCUCCGCCUUCCAGGAGGACAGCAGCGAGGAGACGUCGGGCACCGAAAACGAUUCCUACUCGGUCGGAGGAUCGCGGAGCGUUUCGCACUCUCUGGACCUGGUGUGGGCCAAGUGCAGAGGCUACCCCUCCUACCCGGCUCUGAUAAUUGACCCGAAGAUGCCCAGGGAGGGGGUGUUCCACCGGGGCGUCCCGAUACCCGUCCCCCCGUUGGAUGUGCUGAAGCUGGGGGAGCAGAUGACCCAGGAGGCCAGGGAGCACCUGUUCCUGGUCCUGUUCUUUGACAACAAAAGAACAUGGCAGUGGCUGCCGCGCUCCAAGCUGGUGCCGCUCGGGGUGGAUCAGGAGCUGGACAAGGAGAAGAUGCUGGAGGGCCGGAAGUCCAACAUCCGCAAGUCGGUGCAGGUGGCCUACCACCGGGCCAUGCAGCACCGCAGCAAGGUGCAGGGAGACCCCAGCAGCGAGACCAGUGACAGUGACUGAAAAACAACAAACAAACAAACAAACAAACAAACAAAAGCACACGUCGUGGAGACAUCCCUCCAUCACAGAUCACGAGAAACGAGAGUGGAGGGGACCGAAAAAAAAACAGACACACGUCCACUACGUUGGCCCAUCGUGCACACUAAGCCGUAUUUAAUCUGACAUGUAAAAUAUUGUAUUUAAGAGAAUUGAAAUUGAAUUAAUAAUAAUAAUAAUAAUUAUGAUGGGAAGGGGAGAAAGGAAAAAAAAAAAGGCUGUUGUUCAGAAUCACCAAUCAAAAAAAAAUAUUCCUCGUUUUGUGGCGGAUAUGUUUUAUAACUAAACGAGAGGCGACCUCCUGACCUCUGGCGCUCUGCUUCCAGCCGCCAACGAUGAUGUUAUUUAUUCUGCGCGCUCGCGGUCGAACGAGCGCCCUUUUUCUUUUUCUUUUUUUAAUAUCAUGGACUACUUCUAAUCACUCCGGGCUGCACAAAGACAUUGUGCACCUUCCUCUUCGUCGCUCUGUGUUCAUCAUGUCUCCUGUUUUUUUUUUUUUUUUUUACGUUUUCCUUCGUCUCCGACGGUUACACCCAUCACGCGGUCGCCGGGACGACGAGGACCGAUCGCCUUCGCGGGCCUGUCUUAGACUCAGGCCGGUGGCUUUAGAACUUUUUUAUAUAUACAGAUUGCAUAAAGAAUAGAAAAGUUUAAUAAUAAAAAAAAAAAAGAGUUGAGU